CACACAUCGCCUCCCGGAGUGGCGCCUCCAGUCGCGGCGGAGCGCGGCGUUGGCGGCGGAUGGAGGGCGCGAGCGGGCGGCCGCGGCGGCUGCACCCGGCGGGGCGCUGAUGCGGCGCCUGGACCUUCGCUGCGCGACUUCGGGGGCGUCGGCCGAGCGGCCACUCCGCGAUGCAGCUCCUGAAGGCGCUCUGGGCACUGGCAGGGGCCGCGCUCUGCUGCUUCCUCGUCCUGGUGAUCCACGCGCAAUUCCUCAAAGAAGGUCAGCUGGCCGCCGGCACCUGUGAGAUUGUGACCCUGGACCGGGACAGCAGCCAGCCUCGGAGGACGAUUGCUCGGCAGACCGCCCGCUGUGCGUGCAGAAAGGGGCAGAUCGCCGGCACCACGAGAGCCCGGCCCGCCUGUGUGGACGCAAGAAUUAUCAAGACCAAGCAGUGGUGUGACAUGCUUCCGUGUCUGGAGGGGGAAGGCUGUGACUUGUUAAUCAACCGGUCAGGCUGGACGUGCACACAGCCCGGCGGGAGGAUAAAGACCACCACGGUCUCCUGACAAACACAGCCCCUGAGGGGCCCUGGGAGUGGCCUUGGCUCCCUGGAGAGCCCACGCCUGAGCCACAGUUCUCCGCCGCCUCGGACUUGGCCCAUUCUCUGCCGCCCGCCCACUCUGUUUCCCUGUGGUCCGUGAAGGACGGCCCCAGGCCUCGGCGUCCUGAGCUCCGGUCUGUCCAGCCGACUCAGAGGCCGGACUCGGACACAGGUUGGGGCGGCUCCGGGCACCAGCAAUACACCGUCUGUGGGAGCCCGGCUGCGCCCAGCCAUCGCCGACCGUGGCGUUGGCCCUGCCGUCCUCGGAGGAGGAGGAGGAGGAGGCUCCUGCAGCCACAGGAGGGUGCAGCCCGGCCCGCCUGAGAUGCGACGCCCGCCCCAGGGGACUGCCAGGCGCAGAAUCGGCGCCUCCUGGGCCCCAGACUGUCCGAAUUGCUUUUAUUUUCUUAUACUUUCAGUAUACUCCAUAGACCAAAGAGCAAAAUCUAUCUGAACGUGGACGCACCCUCGCUGUUGGGGUCCCUGGGGUCGCCGGUGGGGGCGGGAGGGCAUGGUGGCAGAGACAUGCUAGUGGCCCCGGCGGAGCAGAGAGGGCAGCCGUGGCGGCGGCGGCCACCCCAGGAGCACCCCGGCGCACCCUCGGAGGAGGGCCUUUGGCUGCGCGGAGGCGGCCCGGGCGGGGCCGGCGAUGGCCCCAUGCAGACGCCGCGAGGCCCCCGGGAUCACAGACCACUUUACUCCUCUGUACUUAGACCGACUUGACCGUACUAAAAUCACUUUCUGUUUUAACCAGUUAAACAUGCCUCUUCUACAGCUCCAUUUUUGAUAGUUGGAUAAUCCAGUAUCUGCCAAGAGCAUGUUGGGUCUCCCGUGACUGCUGCCUCAUUCAUACUCCAUUUAGCUCCAGAAAGCAAAGCAAAGAACACGCGAGUAACACUUGUUUGAAAGAGAUCAUUAAAUGUAUUUUGCAAAGCCUAAAGUUAUAUAUUUAACAGUUUUUAUAUGUUGUAUAUUUGUAGAAAAUCCUAUUUAACAAUUAACGUGGCAGUCCCGGCCAUCCGGAGGGUCGGGCCAAGCCCCGUGUGUUUCUGAAGGCUCUGCGGGUGGGCCCCGGUGGGGAGGUGCUGCCCGCGGACCCCGGGGUGCCAGGCGUGGAGGCGGGACUCCGGGAGAAGCGUGCGGAGGACCGUGGCGUCCCGGACGCAUGGGUCGUGCCCGGGGAGGCCGGGUUCCCUUCGCUGCGGGCCGGGCACGGUGGCUGCGGACCCCCUCUUUGGUCUCCGUAUUGGUCGGCACUGACUGUACAAUAUUUUCAACCUGCUUCUUCCAAUGGGUUUUGUUUCCCAUUUCCUGCCCCUUUCUCCACUCACAGACCCUGAGGCCAGUUGGCGGCCCUUGUCCCCACAUCCGUGUCCUGCGUUCUGAGAAGUCCUCUGUCUUCGUGCCAGUAGGUCCAGAAAGCGGCGCUGGGCAGAGGCGCAGGCGGGGCCGGCGGGGCCGAGGAGGAAGGGACAAUUCUGUUUAUUCUCUCGCAGCCUCCCUCAUCCUCCUGAGUUCUGAAGUAUACUACCUACCAGUCCAGUUAACACGAAUAUCAUGCUAGCUCUACCCUACUAAAAAGAAGGUAAAAAGUAACUAUAUAGAAGCUGUUCCGGCAACCAGAGACUAUACAGGAAAGGAAACCAUGCAUUUAAGACCUGUCCCGGUAUCCAUGAGGACUUCAUUUGCCUCUCGGUCACCACGAAUUCGCAGGCCUUUGUAUCCUGGACUACAAGAAGGGGCUGAGUUUGGGUUUGUCAUCGCGGAGGGGCUGGGCCUGAACGGCGCCCUUCCCGAGCCGCCCCGCUCCUCGGCCUCGCCCGCAGCCUCUACCAGCCGGUGUCCUCACGGCCUCCCCCUCGCCUGUUUCUUUGAAAAGCAAGUAUAGACACUUCGAGGGCAGAGAUCGGGAGAUUUCAGAUGUUACAGCAUAUUUUUUUUUCUUGUUUUACAGUAUUCAAUUUUGUGUUGAUUCAGCUAAAUUAUGAAAAAUAAAGAAAAACUCCUUUGAUAAGCA